AUGACGAGAAACUUUGUUGAGACCGCUUGCACAAGGUGAUUUUAAACUUAGUUCUGGUUUUGAAAUCCUCAAUUUCAGACUUUUGUUGCACGAUUCGUGUAGGAGAGAAAUGGAAAGAAGAUUAUCAGAUGAACCAGGUUUUCUAAUUUCACGAUUCGCUGUUCGAAAUCCAUCAUAUAUUCCAAAAAAAGUCAAAAAACACGAAGGAAAUAUCACAAAGGUUUCGGACGAUGACUUAUUGAAAACGGGAACUCUUCAAUGUUUCUCUCGGAUUGAUCUAUCUUCGGGAUUUAUAGAAUCGAGAAAAUAUGGUUCAAGCAAAUGUUCUAACGACAUUGUUUUCUUUGGAGAUGGGAAAUGUGGAAAGUUUUUGCUUUAUACUGUCGAGAAAGGUUUAUUGAUGGAACCGAUUGUUGAAACUUCACCUGCUGAUAUGUUUCCAACUGUUUCUGAAGCUGUCAACAAAUUACCAACGAACAUUAUGCAAGCCGGGAAAAAUAUAUUGCGACAAUUGAAGCUUUGCAAAGGAGUUCAGUAUGGGAAAUUCGGCACGGAAAAAAUUUGGGUUGAAGAGUUUCAGGUUUUAGGAAUCGGAAGCUGGAUAGGUUUAGGGGAAAAUAACUGUUACUUGCAAUGUAAUGGUUCUCCAAAUCACAGAUAGAAAAAUUUUUGUAUUUAUCGUAUCGUUAUUUUAUGUUUAUAUGUGUUUGUAAAAUUUAUGUGUGUUAUUGUCUUGCUUUUUGUCGUGUUUCGUUAGUGUUUUAAUAAAUUUUAUUCUUUUUACUAACAAUCAAUGUGUCAUUUUUUUGUUAUUAAUUCUGUCAAAAAUAUUCUUUUGAUUAUAAUUAUAUAUUUUUCAUAUUUCUUUCCGUAUUGUUAUCUCUUAUUUUUUACUCGUUUCGACUUAUUUCAUAUCAUUUUUCAGGUAUGCCACCAAAAAAACAAAAGAAAAUCGAGGAAUAUGUCGGCACGCCGUCAGAGGAGCAGGAAAGGAUGAUGAACUACAUCAGAGUAUGUUUUUGAGCUAUCAAAUUCAAACUCCUCCCAAAUAAAAAAAAACAAUACUUUCUGUUGCAGGAAGAAUACAGAAAACAAGACAACUAUAGAAGAAACUACCCCAGCCCUCCACGACCUAUUCCGCCGGUAAAUAAGGUGAGUUUUUUUUUUAAAUCGAAGUUCCAAAUAAAAAAAAACCGCCUGCUAGACUUAGACUAGGAGCGUGUUUCCCUAAAUGGCGAUAUUUUCUUGAAUUAAAAAAAACUCACAUUUCCAACCAAACUUCGCCUCCGGUAAAGCCUAAGAAUACCACAGCAAAUUGCCGAAAGCGAAGGAAACAUGCUCAAACUAAAUUUUUAGAAGUAGUUGAUAAUUUUUCAAGUAGUAGUAGUUUUUUGAAUCAAAAGUUUCUUGUUUUUUCUGGGAAAAUCGAGAAAAAUAUGGAGAAACGUCAUAUUGAGCGGAAUUAGAAGAUUUAUAAGCAAUUUUCUGUCUUCUGGACCUCCCCCAACCCUUCUUUGCUCAAUUCUGAUAGUGAAAAAUCAACUUUUCCCUGAAAUUCGGAUUCAAAUCCUCAAAAAACGUAUAAAAACAGGAUUUGAUUAGGCUCCGCCCAGAUGUGUGCCGCGUGCAAAACACUUUCUGCAAUGAUUUUUUUAUUUGAGGUCACGUAGAAAACAAUUUGCUGUGAAUACAAAACAGUUUCAAAUCCAUUUUUACAAAAAAAUCAGAAAAUUAUCGGAGACCCAUUUAUAUCACCACUCGCGAACUCAUUUUGAUAGCAUAUAUUGAAAUGAUUUCGAACCCAUUUUGUACUCGUCAUAGUUUUCAUUAUUCUCAGGGGAAAAUAUUUCGUCGCCAACAACAAGAAAAACAAGAGAAUCAAGGAGCAUCGACUUCAUCUGAAACAUCGUCGUCAGCAGCGCCCCCUACACCACUUACAAGAAAACCGCAGGCUCCACAUCGCGUUGUAUUAGGAAUUAUUAAACAAGAGGGAAAUUUGAGAAAUGCGGAAUCGGUAAUAUUUUAUCGCUUUUAUACACUUGGAGUUAACCUUACUAGAAUUGAAACCCACGGAAUCGAUAUGAUAUUUUAAAAUUAGAAUUUUAAUAAGAAAAUAUCAGGUCUGUGCUGGAAGUUUUCCGAAUUUUUUCACAGAAAAUUGAAUUUUAUGAUUUUCGGGAAAUCUGCUCGUAAACUCCGGAAAAUAAUUUUUCUCAUGGUGUGACAAAAAAUGAGUUUUGGAAAAUACUACUACAUUUUUUCUGAUGAUUUUGAAUUUUAGAACAGAAAACGAAAUUGUGACUGAAUCGACUUUAUAUUCCCGAAGAAAAAUGUUUCAUAAUUUACUUAGUUUUGGAAUUUAUAACAUUGACAAUUUUCUUGGUGAAUUCACAAUAUAAACUAAAUUCAAUUUUUAGAAUGGUGAGAAUCAAGAUGGUGGCAAAUCAUAUUCGUGUGAAGGCAAUGGAUUGACUGAAGAUGAAUUGGUUUAUACGAAUCCAGCUUUGAAGGUUCCGAGUUAUUUGUUUAAAAGUAUAUUUUAAUAUAAUGUUAUUUAUUUUAGAGACAACAGCAAAGAAAAGCUGCUGCCAAAGCGUCGAAAAAUUUGCCGAAAAUAGAUGAAAAUUCGCAGGCUGUUGUUGAUGAGGAAGAAGUUUCUAUCAAGAAAAGAAAAAUGAGCGGAAAUCCAAAAGCUGAUGUCAAAACCAAAUCCCAGAAAAGAUCGGAUGUUAUCGAAAAACCUGAGAAAGAAGGCAAAAAAUUCUAUAAAAAGGAUUGUUUGGAUGAGCAGAAGAACACGCAGAAUGUGGCUUGUGAGGAAGAAGCAGAAGAGAAACAACUUCCAAUUGAGGAAAAACAGGUUGAAGACGCGGAAAUUGACAGAAUUGGACAACACGAAGAUGUUCAAGUUGAUGAAGUUGGUUUGCAUGAAAAAGAAGACGAAGGAUAUGAAGGAGAAGAACCUGAAGAUGGAGAACUUAUUGUCGAUGAUGAAGAAGAUCAAAUAAUUGAAGUAGAAGAAGAAGUAGAAGAAAAUGAGGAAGAUGAAGGAAAUCCACCGUUGGUUUAUGCUCGCACCAAAAAUUCGAUAAUCCCAACUGUUAUGGCCAAAAAAUGCUUCGUGAAUUCGAGAUCCAAAUUAGGCCUCGACGACAUUUCGAUUAAAGUUAGUUUGUUUUGAAAAUUGUUAAGUUAUUUGUUGAGCUUUCAAUUUUCGGAGUUCAAUGAAAACAACUAGCAGAAAAAAAUAAAAAUUUACGAUUUACAAAAUUUGUGAAUUUUAUUUUUUACAGAGAAACCUCGCUAAUCACUGGAGAGACCAUUACACUGAUAUUGAUUACCAGGACAUUUUGCGCUGUUAUGAACAAGCACAAGAGGAGAAUAAAUCACUUGUUGAAAUCGUAUUAGUGUUAACUCAUCAAGUUAACAGUUUGACAUCAAGUGUUCGAACUCUACGACAAAAUGUCAAAAACACAGGAUAUGCCAAAAGAACUGUUAUACUUUCCCCCAGUCGAGCUCGCCCUCAAUUUCUUAUUAUUGACUUGCCAAACGGAUGGAGCUAUAAUAUUUCUGAAUUUAUCACUGCCCAAUUGAUUGAAAGAUGCAGUUCCAAACUUCUUUUCGCAGCUGUUUCGGAAGUCGCACGCGAAUUUUUCGGAGCCGUAAGUUAUGAUUGGUGUUAUGCAAUAAAAAAUAUUGAUUUACAGCUGCUCAAACUGAAAGGUCAUUUGAUUAUUGCGAUGACUAUGAUAUGCAAGGUUUCACAUAGCAGUAAAUUUGUGCCUAUUAUUGGACCUCCUCUUGACAAUAUGGCAUGUGAGUUGAAAAAAUUGAAAUUUUUGUUAUAAUUUUUUAAAAUAUUCAUUAUAAUUUUGAAAAUAUUAAAUAUUUAAAUUAUUUAUCCGAAAAAUUAUUGAAAAUUUCUACAAAUAGCUUAUUCACGAAAAAAUAUGAAUGAAAAUAGCAAUUCAAAAACGAAAAAGGUAGGCAACAUUUAGUUUCUUUGCGAGCUACAGAAAAAUGAAUUACUUUUUUGAACUAUUGUAUAUCGUUUUCUGAUGAAAAUCACUCGUUCUUACUGUCAAUUGGAAAAAAAAACAUUGUUGUUCUUCCUUUUUACAGUUUGUAAAUUGUUUCACCGAUUGUAAGAAAAACAUUUCUCAUAUUUAUUGCAUUGAUCAACCAAAAAAGAUUAUGAUUUUUCACAGAUUGUAAGAUUAGAUUCAAGCUAAGUUUGUUUGUUUCAGGUUUUAUGGUGGAUAUUUUUGGAACAAACGCGGAUCGAUACGACAACGACUUUUUCAACGCAAUUAGAAUCAAAAUACGACAAACUGUUUCAUAUCUUUUGUGAGUUAAUUUGUUGUUCGAACUUUUUUUAAUUCAUUGACUUUUUUUCAGGAAUAACCAAAGAGCGACAAUGAGAAAAAGAAAAGGCGGACCGGGAGAAAUAGAAUCCGCUCUGAAACGACUCAAAGAAUUGCAAUAA